GUCUACAGAUGGAAAUUAUCAGACCGUUAGUGGCGUAGAAUAAAGUGGAAAAAUCCAUGGAAAAGUCCAAACUAACAACGAGAUAAUUUCCUUUGGAGUUUGCUCACUGUUGUCAUGUUGAAAAAGAUUAACAGAUAACGUUGACACAACAGGAUUUAUUUUUAUAUUGGAUACAUCUUCAGUAUUUGUCAUCUCUUGAAGACUAAAUGGAAAUGGUACACCUGACAGAUAUAACCCUACUACUAUUACUGUGAAAUAUUUGCUCUGAACUGAGAUAAAAAAAAAAACAUUUCCCUACUUCAUUGUCUGGUGCCUUUGCCUAUUAAUUAAACUUAAAUACAUUUUUGAAGGUGUUUGCAGCACCUUUUUUUAUAUUUGAAUGAAAAUCACAGCUGAUAGUGGAUUGGGUUUUUAUAUUCUUUGUAAAAAUGUCAAAAAUGUUGAGAGAUACAUCAUAUCACUGUGAAAUCUGUGGUAAAUUUUUCUCUAAAGGUAUUUCCUUAACAAGACACAUACGUAUUCAUACAGGAGAGAAACCAUUUCAUUGUGAUAUCUGUGGUAAAUCAUUCUCUGAAAAUAGUGUCUUAACUAUACACAAACGUAUUCAUACAGGGGAGAAGCCAUAUCAUUGUGAAAUUUGUGAUCAGUCAUUCUCUCAACGUACCAACUUAAGUAGACACGAACGUUUUCAUUCAGGAGAGAAACCAUAUCACUGUGAUAUCUGUGGUAAAUCAUUCUCUCGAAGUAGUGACUUACAUAAACACACACGUAUUCAUACAGGAGAAAAACCUUUCCACUGCAAUAUGUGUGGUAAAUCAUUCUCUCAAAAUAGUGUCUUAACUACUCACAAACGUAUUCAUACAGGAGAAAGACCAUAUCACUGUGACAUCUGCAGUAAAUCAUUCUCUGAAAGUGCUAAGUUAAGUAGACAUAAACGUAUUCAUACAGGAGAGAAACCAUAUCACUGUGAUUUCUGUGGUAAAUCAUUCUCUGGAAGUAAUGAUUUAAGGAAACACAUAUGUAUGCAUACAGGAGAGAAACCAUAUCAUUGUGAUAUCUGUGGUAAAUCAUUCUCUCAUAAUACUGUUUUAACUAACCACAAGCGAAUUCAUACAGGAGAGAAGCCAUAUCACUGUGGUAUCUGUGGUAAGUCAUUCUCUGGAAAUAGUGACUUAACUAAGCACAUACGUAUGCAUACAGGUGAGAAACCAUUUCGCUGCGAUGUCUGUGGUAAAUCAUUCUCUGGAAGUAGUGACUUAACUAGACACAAGCGAAUUCAUAUAGGGGAGAAGCCAUAUUACUGUGAUAUCUGUAGUAAAUCAUUCUCUCAAAGGGCUAACCUAACCAAACACAUACGUAUCCAUACUGGAGAGAAACCAUUUCACUGUGAUAUCUGUAGUAAAUCAUUCUCAGGAAGUGGUGACUUAAUCAAUCAUAAUCGUAUUCAUACAGGGGAGAAACCAUAUUUAUGUGAUAUCUGUGGUAAAUCAUUUGCUCAAAAGUGCAACUUAACUUCUCAUAUAUCCAUCCAUACAAAAGUGUGGAUAACACUUCCAGACCGAAAUCUUGAUGUGUUAUUUCUGAAAAAAAAAAAAAAGCACCCAAACUUGACUGUUACAUGUAAUGUUACAUGGAAAAAUUUGAGCAAGAGAAAUAAUACUGGAGGCCUACACUGGCAGGCUGCACUCAUCUAUCUUGAUGACAUCAUUGUAUUUGGUCGAACAUUUGAUCAGAUACUGGAGAAGUUAUUGGAGGUAUUUAAGAAGUUUCGAGCUGCAAACCUCAAGUUGAACCUGAAGAAAUGCUGUCUGUUCCAGAAGAAAGUAAGAUACCUGGAACAUGUUGUGGGUGAAGAUGGUGUCCAUACUAACCCAGAGAAGGUGGCAGCCGUGGGAGAUUGGCCAGUUCCUACUUGUGGAAGCGAGUUGAAGAGAUUCCUAGGACUGUGCACCUAUGACAGGUGCUUUGUAAAGGACUUUGUGACGGUGGCUGCACCGUUUUACAAGCUGCUGGGAAAGAGCCAAAAGUUUGAAUGGACUGCCAUGACACGGAACGCUUUUGACAAACUCAAACAGGCGCUAAUAAGUUCUCCUGUAUUGCCAUACCAGGACCCAAGCCAGCCUUUUAAAAUGGAUUGUGACACCAGUAGCCAUGUUAUCUGUGGAAUACUGUCUCAGAGGGAGGGUGACAAAGAAUAUGUGGUGGCAAUGUCAAAAAAUUUACAAGAGAAACCAUUUUAUUGUGAAAUCUGUGGUAAAUCAUUUUUACGAAAAAAUGACUUAAUUAAACACGUACGUAUUCACACAGGUGAGAAACCAUUUCACUGCGAUAUUUGUGGUAGAUCAUUUUCUGUAAGUAGUUCCUUAACUAUUCACAAACAUAUUCAUACAGGAGAGAAGCCACAUCACUGUGAUAUCUGUGGUAAAUCAUUCUCUGAAUGCGCUAAAUUAAGUAGACAUAAACGUAUUCAUACAGGAGAGAAACCAUUUCAUUGCAAUAUCUGUGGUAAAUCGUUCUCUCAAAAUUCUGGUUUAACUACUCACAAACAUAUUCAUACUGGAGAAAAACCAUAUCAUUGUGAUAUCUGUGGUAAAUCAUUCUCUAAAAGUAGUGGUGUAACUAGACACAAACUUAUUCAUACAGGAGAAAAACCAUAUCGGUGUGAUAUCUGCGGUAAAUCAUUCUCUACAAAUAGUGACUUAACUGAACACAUACGUAUGCACACAGGGGAGAAACCAUUUCACUGUGAUAUUUGUGGUAAAUCAUUCUCUCGAAGAAGUGUGUUAACUACUCACAAACGCAUUCAUACAGGAGAGAAACCAUAUCAGUGUGAUGUCUGUGGUAAAUCAUUCUCUCAGAAAACUGUUUUAACUCAUCACAAACGUAUACAUACAGGGGAGAAGCCAUAUCACUGUCGUAUCUGUGGUAAACCAUUCUUUCGAAAUAGUGACUUGACUAAACAUGUACGUAUGCAUACAGGAGAGAAACCAUAUCAGUGUAACACUUGUGGUAAAUCGUUCUCUGCAAGUAGUGACUUAACUAAACAUGUACGUUUUCAUACAGGAGAGAAGCCAUAUCACUGUCGUAUCUGUGGUAAAUCAUUCUUUCGAAAUAGUGACUUAACUAAACAUGUGCAUAGGCAUACAGGAGAGAAACCAUUUCACUGUGAUAUCUGUGGUAAAUCAUUCUCUGAAAAUAGUGGCUUAACUCAACACGAACAUAUGCAUACAGGAGAGAAACUGUAUCAAUGUCAUAUGUGUGAUAAAUCAUUCUUGCGAAAUAGUGGCUUAACUAAGCAUGUGCGUAUACAUGCAGGAGAGAAACUAUUUCAUUGUGAUAUUUGUAAAAAGUCAUUCAUAGAAAGUAAUGGAUUAAGUAGACAUAAACGUAUUCAUACAGGAGAGAAACCAUUUCGCUGUGAUAUCUGUGGUAAAUUAUUCUCUGAAAAUAGUGGCUUAACUAAGCACAAGCGUAUGCAUACUGGAGAGAAGCCAUAUCAGUGUGAUAUUUGUAGUAAAUCAUUCUCUCAAAAUAGUGUCUUAACGAACCACAAACGUAUUCAUACAGGGGAGAAACCAUAUCACUGUGAUAUCUGUGGUAAAUCAUUCUCUCAAAAUAGUAACUUUACUCAACAUAUGCGUAUACAUACAGGAGAGAAAACAUUUUGCUGUGAUAUCUGUGGUAAGUCAUUUGCUGAUAAUUGUGGCUUAAUUAAACAUGUAUGUAUGCGAACAGGGGAGAAACCAUUUCUCUCUGAUACCUGUGGUAAAUCUUUCUCUUGAAGUUGAGACUUAUCUACACACAAUCAUAUUCAGUCAAGGUAGAAACCAUGUGACUGUGAUGUCUGUAGUAAAUCAUUCUCUCAAAGGACUCACUUAACUAAACACAUAUGCAUUCAUGCAGGGGAGAAAUCAUUUCAUUCUGAUGUGUCUGCGAUAAAAGAUUCUCUGGAUGUGGUGAAUUAAUUAACCAGAUUUAUAUUUUUAUAGGAAAAUCCAUUUGCACAAAAACGCAACUCAACUUCACAUAUAUCUUUCUGUACAAAAAUGUGACUUUUUGUUUGUCAGAAUUGAUUACUACUCACAAUAACAACCAACAUUGUAUGACCAUUUACAUUGCUAAAUCAUGAACUAGACUUGUGGACUGAACAGUAAUCAAUGAAACCAUGACAAACUAUAUUCUCACCAUGGUUCUCUUUUUGAGGUAGUGUUUUACAGCCAGAUGCCCUCUUGCAUGAGAUACAUGUGGCUUAUUUGGACACAUGCUCUUUGUUAAGCUUCGUUUUAUUUAAAAAAUAACUUGUAUCACCACAAAUGUAUUUAAACUGGACAGAAGACAUAGCAGUGUUAUAGGAAGCUGCUGUGACUAUAUAUUUUAUCAUCACAAUUACCUCUACAGUGCUGAGAUAAGAUUGUGAUAUUUUGAAUAAAAGCAUAAUAUAUAUUCCAUAUUUUCCUGGGACAGAAAAGAUACAAUUGAUAUUAUAUGAUAGAGAUAAAUAACUGAUAAAUGUAUUCCUCAGAGAUCAGUAAUAACAUCACUGGACAGUUGUAAUGUUGCCAAUAAUGAAUUGUAAAGGAAAAUUAUUCAUUAUACCAUAAUAGAAUAUAUGAAUAAAGUUGAAUCACUGGCGAUUUUUUUUUUUUUCUUUUUUCCCCCGUCUCCCUUUUUUAUUAGACUUUCUUCUGUCUCUGACAAAGAGCUUUGCUCGAAAUGUAAAAGCACCUUUCUUUCCUUCCCUGAGCGUCUGCUAAUACUUUACAUGUACCACAUCCUUGCGUUGUUAUUUUGUUGUGUUCUUCGUUUUUUUAGAUUUACUAUAUAUAUGAGAAUUGACACAAUUACCUGCCGCGCAUAUAUUCUAUUAAUAUACAUAUUUUAAGAGUUCCGCAUAACAGGAGACAACUUUAAAAUUUUCAUAGUAUGUUUUAGAAAACACUCCUAAAGUCCCUUCAAAAGGUAAUGGGCUCUCAGUGAUUUUUUUUUAAAUGUAGAAUUGAUGAAAAAUAAGUAUUGGUUUCAAAUUUUGGCACAAGGCUAGCAACUUCGUGGGAAGAGGUAAGUCGAUUGCAUUGACCUCAGUACUCAACUGUACAUAUUUUAUCGACCCCGAAAGGAUGAAAGGGAAAGUCGAGCUCUGCAGAAUUUGAAACCAGGACGUAAAGACGGACGAGAGGUGUGGCUGUGGUAAGAAGUUUGCUUCAGAAUAACAUGGCUUGAGGUUCAGUCCCAUUGAAUGACGCACCUUGGGUAAGUGUCUUCUACUAUAACUUCGAGCAGACCAAAGCCUUAUGAGUGGAUUUGGUAGACGGUAACAGAAAGAAGGCCGUACAUCUACAACACACACACACACACGUUUGUUUGUCCCCACUCACCACUUGACAAAUGGUGUUUGUUUACAUUUCUGUAACUUAGCGGUUCGGUAAAAAUAGAAAGAAUAAGUACUGAAGUAAAUUUGUUCGACUAAAACCCUUGGAAGGCGAGCCCUCAUCAUGGCCGCAAUGCAGUAACCGAAACAAGUGAUAAGGAGCAAUUAACGGGAAAUUAUUCCCAAAUAAAAGUAAGUGGAGUGAUCUCCCCUACAUGAGUAAUUC